AGAAUGGAAGAAGUAAAUCAAACCGCUCUGGCUGAGUUCAUCCUCUUUGGGUUAAUAGAAAACCCAAAGCUCCAGUUGCCCCUAUUCCUCAUCUUCCUAGGAGUCUAUUUGGUUACAGUUGUGGGAAACAUGGGCAUGAUCAUCUUGAUUCUGUUCAGUUCUCAGUUACACACACCCAUGUAUUAUUUACUCAGCAGUCUGUCCUUUAUUGACUGCUGUCAGUCCACUGUCAUUACUCCCAAAAUGCUGGCAAACUUUGUGACAGAGAUGAAUGUCAUCUCUUACCCAGAAUGCAUGGCUCAGUUCUACUUCUUCUGUGUUUUUGCUGCUGCAGAAUGUCACAUGUUAGCUGUAAUGGCAUAUGAUCGCUAUGUGGCUAUCUCUAACCCUUUGCUUUACAAUGUAACAAUGUCCUAUCAAGUCUGUUUCUGGAUGGUAGCUGGGGUAUAUGGUAUGGGCUUACUGAGUGCCACAGUUCACACUAUCUUCCUGAUAAGAUUGCUCUUCUGUAAAGUUAAUAUAAUAAACCAUUACUUCUGUGAUCUUGUUCCAUUACUGGAGCUCUCUUGCUCUAGUACUUUUAUCAAUGAAGUGCUAGCAUUGUCCUUCAGUGCAUUUAAUAUUAUUGUACCAGUUAUGAUCAUCCUUAGCUCUUAUGUCUUCAUCAUUGUCAACAUUCUGCAUAUUCAGUCUGCGGGGGGCAGAUACAAGGCUUUCAGCACAUGCAGCUCCCACAUCUUGGCUGUUUCUGUCUUCUUUGUGUCAUUAGCAUUCAUGUACUUACAGCCAUCUUCAGUCAGCUCCCUGGGCCAAGGCAAAUUUUCUUCUGUGUUUUAUUCCAUUGUUGUGCCUAUGUUGAAUCCUAUGAUCUACAGUCUGAGAAAUAAAGAUGUCAAAGUUGCCCUUAAAAAGUUAAAACAAAAGAUAAGUUUCCUCACAACAAAACAUAGUUUUAAUUAG